AUGAGCAGCAGCCGGGUAGAUGCAGGGCUUUCAGCCCAGCCCAAUCUUCGCGUAACAAUCAUCGCUGCAGAUGGCCUUUACAAACGAGACGUCUUUCGCUUCCCGGACCCGUUCGCCGUCGCUACGAUUGGAGGCGAACAAACCAAGACAACAUCCGUUAGCAAAAGAACCUUGAACCCAUAUUGGAACGAGAGUUUUGACUUCCGAGUAAACGAAGACAGCAUAUUGGCCGUCCAAGUGUUUGAUCAAAGGAAAUUCAAGAAGAAGGACCAAGGCUUCCUGGGCGUUGUCAACAUCCGCGUUGGCGAUGUGAUCGAACUGGCUUCCGACGCGGACGAUCAAAUGCUCGCACCUGACUUGAAGAAAUCUACGGAUAACCUCGUCGUUCACGGAAAGCUGAUCCUCAAUCUGUCUACCGACCUUUCGGCGCCCAUCCGCCAGAACCAACCCGCCCCUCACGGUUCGCAACAGUCGUUGUCUCAUCAAGCGUCUGCGCAUUCGUCCAGCCGUGUAUCGGUCAACACUACACCAGGAUCAACCUUGUCAACCAGCACUGUCGAUCGGUCUGACAGACCGCCGUCGUUUGCGGCCGGAUCGAAUGGUGCCUUGAGCCCGAACGGCACUGCUUUGCCGCAUCGCCCUGCAAGCGUGGCUGCACCUACCCCCUCCCCCAACGGCGCUUCUGGUACGGCAAGCGCUCCGAGCGCGGCGAUCACCACGACUCCAGCUUCUGGAACCGCUGCUGCGGGCGGGGCCUCGGCCGGCUCGCACGCACGCACCACCAGCACGAUGAGUCCUUUCGAGGACCAUCUGGGUCGACUGCCCCCCGGCUGGGAACGACGCGAGGACAAUCUAGGCAGACAGUACUAUGUUGACCACAACACUCGGACGACAAGCUGGACGCGGCCCACGGCUGGUGGCGCAGUCGAACGGUCGAACCAGCAGGAAGCGGCCACCCAGGUCGAGCGCCAGCGCCAUCAGAACCGGACGCUACCCGAGGACCGCACGGGUGCAAAUUCACCAACACUGCAGCAGCAACAAGCGCAGCAGGCGGCUGCCCAGACCGCAAGCUCAUCAACCAUGAUGCACACGGGUGCUACUAGUCCUGGCACCGGGGAGCUGCCUCCAGGAUGGGAGCAGAGAUGGACACCCGAGGGCAGGGCCUACUUUGUCGACCACAACACACGCACAACCACGUGGGUCGACCCUCGCCGGCAGCAGUACAUUCGUAUGUACGGCGGCCAGAACAACGCAAAUGGCGUCAUCCAGCAGCAGCCCGUUUCUCAGCUGGGACCCCUGCCUAGUGGGUGGGAAAUGCGGCUUACGAACACGGCCCGUGUCUACUUUGUCGACCACAAUACUAAGACUACGACGUGGGACGACCCUCGGCUGCCGUCAUCUCUGGACCAGAACGUGCCGCAGUACAAGCGCGACUUCCGACGGAAGCUGAUCUACUUCCGCUCCCAGCCGGCUAUGCGCAUCCUCUCGGGUCAGUGCCACAUCAAGGUGCGGCGCUCGCAUAUCUUUGAGGAUUCAUUUGCGGAGAUCACGCGUCAGUCGCCGACGGACCUGAAGAAACGCCUGAUGAUAAAGUUUGACGGCGAAGACGGUUUGGAUUACGGUGGUCUGUCACGAGAGUUUUUCUUCCUCCUAUCGCACGAGAUGUUCAACCCGUUUUACUGCCUGUUCGAGUACUCGGCGCACGACAACUACACGCUGCAGAUCAACCCGCACUCUGGAAUCAAUCCCGAGCACCUGAACUACUUCCGGUUUAUUGGCCGCGUUGUCGGCCUCGCUAUCUUUCACCGCCGCUUCCUCGACGCCUUUUUUAUUGGUGCUCUGUAUAAGAUGAUUCUGGGCAAGAUGGUCGUUUUGGCUGACAUGGAGGGUGUCGACGCUGAUUUCCACCGCUCUUUGCAAUGGAUCUUGGACAACGACAUUUCUGGGGGGAUUUUGGAGCAGACCUUUUCGACCGAAGACGAGCGUUUUGGUGUCAUCACUGUGGAAGAUCUGAUUGAGGAUGGCCGCAACAUUGAUGUGACCAACGAGAACAAGAAGGAAUACGUUGAUCUGAUGGUCAAGUGGCGCAUUCAGAAGCGGAUUGCUGAGCAGUUCCAGGCAUUCAAGGAGGGUUUCAACGAGCUGAUCCCGCAGGACCUGAUCAAUGUGUUUGACGAGCGCGAGCUGGAGCUGCUCAUGGGUGGUAUUGCGGAGAUCGACGUUGACGACUGGAAGAAGCACACUGAUUAUCGCGGCUACACGGAGUCGGACGAUGUGAUUCAGUUCUUCUGGCAGACUGUUCGGUCAUGGGACGGCGAACAGAAGUCUCGACUCUUACAGUUUACCACGGGCACUUCUCGAAUCCCAGUCAACGGAUUCAAGGACCUCCAAGGUAGUGACGGUCCGAGACGGUUCACAAUCGAAAAGGCGGGAGAUAUCCAAACGCUUCCAAAGGCACAUACAUGUUUCAACCGGCUGGACCUACCACCGUACAAGAACCUGGAACAAUUGCAAGGAAAGAUGACGAUUGCCGUGGAGGAAACGAUGGGUUUUGGCCAGGAGUAA